UUGCACCCACCACCUUCUCUCUACCCAACUCCUAUAUACAUUUCCUGAGUGUACAGCAAGUCUCCUAUCUCCAAAUCUUUUCUUUCUUUCUUUCUUUCUUUCUUUCUUUCUUUCUAUAAACAAACACCAAAUCAUGAAGAAGAUUAACUUGAUACUAAGGAAGUGCAAGAGCUUGUCAAGGCAACUUGGAAGAUCUUCAUCCUACAGCAGCCUUAGGUCCAAAUCCACUAGAGAAGAUGUUUGGGGUACUGACAAGCUUCAUCAAGAUGAACAAGAAGAGCAUGAAACUAUAUUCGUCGGAAGCACAAGAAAGCGUUACGUGAUUAACUCCAAGUACUUGAGCCAUCCUCUAGUUAAUGCUCUAAUUGAGAAGUCUAAGCAGAAGCAUGGAGAGGAGGUUUUGGUUGUGAAAUGUGAGGUAGUUCUCUUUGAUCAUCUCUUGUGGAUGCUUGAAAAUGCUGAUCCUACUAAUCUCAGCUUGGAUUCCUUGGAGGAAUUGGCUGAUCUCUAUGUCUUCUGAAAUGGAAAUUAAAGCUCUUUAUUAUUGGUCUAGUCAUCAAAGGGACUUGAUCAUUUUUCUAUUCUGUAUUCAUGUAAGGUAGUGAAAUUAAAUACCAUAUUGAUUUCUUUUAUGUUAAUAAUUCUCUAACUCCAUAUUGAGUUUGUUGGAUCAAGUGCACCCUUUGGUAAUUGAAGACCAUGAUUUGGGUAUUUUGUAUACGUACUCAUCAUGGGAUUUUGUUCAUCUUUUCGUCAAUCUUGAUCCUUUAUCAAUAAAUUUCCUCAAGGGUUUAUAUUAUAUUAGUA